UUCUUUAACUUCUAUUUAAGUAUAUUUUUUCCCAGUGAGAUGCUUCUUUUUUUUUCCAUUUCGAUAUUUGAUAUGAUAAAUUAUCGAUACUCUCGCUCGAUACGAUUGUUAUCCUAUCUCUUGCCGCACUUAUAUGCUUGCCGCACGUACUUCUGUCAAGAAAUGUCAGUUCUGUCAAGAAACGAUACACAUCCUACACAUCUGUUUACUAUUUAAAAAAAAAUAACUAACUAAUGUCUCAUUCAUUAAAUAAAUUAAACCUGUUAAUCAUUCUGUAAGUAUUUUGUUGAUAACAGCGCCGGUCUAAAUAUAAAAGUGUUAUCAUUGAAUUACUAAUUACUGUUAAAUAUCGGUGUUCAACGAGGAAGGAUAACCUUGCAAAACCAACAAAAAGUUGAUGUCAUCAACUGAAAUAGAGUUUGUGCAAUAAAAAAAUCUAUUUUGCUUUUAGUGAUUAAAUGAAUACCGUGUUUACAUGGUGUUCCUAGGCGGGCCGUAGAAAAAAAGUUAAAUUUGAGCCGCCAACAUGGUGUUUGAGAGUAUCGUGUCCCAGAUACUGAACAACGCUUUGGGGGAGUUUGUGGAGAAUUUGGAUGUGAAUCAACUCAACAUUGGAAUAUGGGGAGGGGAUGUAAACUUGAACGACCUCGUAUUGAAACGUUCAGCUUUAGACUCACUCGACCUACCAAUUCAGACUGUUUAUGGAAAAAUAGGUAGUUUGGUAUUGAAAGUACCAUGGACCUCAAUCUACACAAAACCGACAAUAGUGAAAAUCGAGGAUAUCUACCUUUUGGCACAACCAAACCAACAGGUGGUAUACGAUCCUUUGAAAGAGGAUAAAUGGUUGCUUGAAUCCAAAAAGAAGGAAAUACAAAAAAUCGAAAAUGCCAAGAAAGCGGAUAGAGAAAAAGACGUAGCUCCGGGCGAUCCCACUUUGGUCCAAAAAGUUAUCCAACAGGUCAUUAAAAAUGCACAAGUUUAUAUAAAUAAUAUUCAUAUAAGGUAUGAAGAUAAAGUAACAAAUCCUGGAAAACCAUUUGCAGUUGGCAUAACCUUAGCAGAAUUAGUUAUUGAAAGUACUGAUGCUAAUUGGAAAAAAGCUAUCAUAGAGGAAGUACAAAAAAUUUACAAGGUGGUUGAACUAGAAGGAUUAGCCGUUUACUGGAAUUGCAACACAACAAUGUUGAGUGACCUGAAUCCUACCGAACUCGUUGCAGCCAUGAAAGAUGAAAUUACAUAUAAAACGAAAGUGCCACCAGGAUAUAACUAUAUCCUGGGACCAAUCACUGCUGGAGCCAGACUGAUAAUGAACCAAAAGCCGAUGUCCGAUGCCAAACCUUUCAGUACCCCAAUGUACCAUCUCAACUUAGACAUGGGCAAACUUUUUAUAGGAAUCACCAAAGCACAAUAUAGGGAUAUCAUAAAAUUUGCCGACUCCAUGGAUAGGAUGGUCAAAGCAAUACCAUAUAGAAAAUUUAGACCAAAUUUGACCACAUACAAAGGUCACUAUAAAGACUGGUGGCAUUUUGCUUACAAAUGCGUUGUUGAAGGUGAAGUGAAAAGACAGAAAAAUAAUUGGGAUUGGAAUCAUAUGCUCGCCCAUAGAGAAAUGGGCAGAGAGUAUGGAGAGUUGCUUAAAAAAAAAAUAAACAAAUCUUGUACACCCGAACAAAAAUCACGUUUAGUGGAAUGCGAGAAACAUCUCGAUUUAACAAGUAUAGUGAUAAUAAGACAAAGAGUUGAGCUGGAAACUGAAAAAUUGGAACAAUUACAGAAAUCAAAAGAGCCCAAGAGGUGGUAUUCUGGAUGGUUUGGUGGUGGUUCAGACACUUCCCAACAAAUGAACCAAUCAACAAAUAUAUUGGAGCAGUUUGAGCAAGAAAUGACUGCAGCCGAAAAAGCUCGUCUAUAUAAAGCUAUAGAUUAUCAAGAAAAUGCCCCUGCAGCAGCAUUUCCAGAAGAAUUUGUUGAUAAAUCUAUCAGUUUCUUGCUAAGAACGCUUGAAAUAGAAUUACGAGAUGAUGCAGAAGAAGAAGUACAAACUGUGCUAUUGACAACAUUAAAAGGUGUCAAAGUUAAACUGGAAACAAGAAUAUCAGCCGGUGCCUUGAAAGCUCAGGUUGCAAUUGAUCACCUGAAAACCGAUGGUUUGAAACAAGAAGAUUCAGUGCCUGCCCUUGUUAUACCAGAAGAAAAAGAAAUUCAAGGCGUUAAGAGCUUACUAGAUGUCACUUUUGAAACUAAUCCAUUAGAUAAGAUGUGUGACCAAAGGAUUCAUGUGAUAGCUAAACCUUUGAAGAUUGUUUAUGAUGCUCUGACUAUAAAUAAAGUGUUGGAUGUAUUCAAAGUUCCACCCGAUUCUUCUCUUGAUCAGAUUCAAGCGGCUGCAACAUCAAAACUAACAGACGUAAAAGAAAUGACAUCAACCGGCCUACAAUACGCCAUCGAACAACAUUCCCGCUUGGACGUGAACAUUCUCCUUUAUGCUCCUCUCAUCAUCGUACCUUACGGGGGUCGAUUGGAAGAGAUCCAAAGCGUUUUGGUUAUAGAUCUUGGUCAGAUUAAAUUAUAUUCUGACGGACACCGGUCCUCUAUAAUGGACGUUAGAAGAUUGUAUAGUGAAGGCUUGGACCAAUCUGAGAUCUUUGAGAGAAUGAAAAUACACAGUUACGACAAAUUUAAACUGGAACUGACCGAUUUACAAAUUUUAGUGGCACAAGGCGAAGAAAAUUGGGGAAAAUAUAUCGAUCCGGAAUCCCCAUCCGCUUUCACUGACAUGCAUUUACUGAGACCACUCAGCCUGAAUGUUUCUUAUUCUAAAUGUCUUGUUACAGACGAUCCCAGGUUGCCACACCAAAAAAUUAACUGUGAACUGCCCAAAAUCGACAUUUCAGUAACAGACGCAAGACUUUUGCUACUGGUCAGCCUUCUGACCAGUAUUCCUCUGCCUGUUUCAGAAGAAGAAGAAGCCUCAACCCUUGACUCAUCGCAUUCUAUGAAGAGAACAAGACUUAAUAGUUCAACUAUGAGCUUGAUAAAAUGGCAAGAUACCCAAAUAUCGAAAAUAACAAAAAACAUAAAGAAAGUACAAACUCAAGAUAUUGUACAGUUUCAACUUAUGGAGGUAUCUGUUGAACUUUCAGAAAUUUCUUUGACCCUCAAUCAGCAAGAGACCUUGACUUCGCCCAUAAACGAAAUGGUUGUAAUGAAAGUGCAUACUUUACAAGCUAAUCUGCUUCAAAGAACAUCUGAUACCACUGUUAAUGUAGGCUUGGGUGGUGUUCGAUUAACCCAGAAUAGAAAUGAUCAGACUAUCGAUAUUAUUAGUACGCCUGUAGCUAAUGGAGAGGGACUUUUCACAGUUGCGUUUACACAGGUCGAUCCCACUUCACCAGACUUCCACACAACUUUUCACUCCUGCGAAACCAGUUUGGGCGUCCAUUUUAGCAUGUUAUAUAUUGUGCUGCAUCAAGAAGGAAUAUUAUCUUUAAUAUCGUUCGCUCAAUACCUCAUGGAUACUGUAAAUGAAUUGCUGGCAGAUAAAAAUAAAACUAUACAUGGUGAAGCAAGAAAACUCUCAAGAAGACUGUCCAAUAUAAGCGACAUUAGCGAAUUUAGUUUAAAAGGGCAAAGGAAAGUCAAGAAACAGCAACAAGUAGUAGUCGAAAGUAUAAAGUUCAAGUUAAUAGCUGAUAUUAAAGAAGUUAUGGUUGAACUUACAUCAGAUGCGCUGGAUAUUUCUUCAUUUGCCAUCAGAGGAAUGGAGGCAGAUGUUUCUGUUAAAGCCACUUACACUCAAGUGAAUGCAAAGUUACAUGAAUUGGCGGUUUUAGAUUUGAAUCCAGACACAAAACACAAUUUGAUUUUAACUACGGAGGAUGAAAACGCUCUGACAGCCCAAAUAGUUUUAAAUAACCUGGAAGGCGAAUCUUACAAGCCAGAUAUCGAUGUAACAGUCAAAAUGGGCGGUACAAAAAUCGUAUUUGUAAACUGGUUUGUCACCAAUAUUUUGAACUUCAUAAAUCCAUUUCAAACAGCCCAACAAGCAGUUAUAGAGGCUUCUGAAGCCGCAGCUAUGAAAGCUAAAGAAAACGCUAAACAGAUGUACGAAAAAGCUACAAAAAUUGCUUUGGAUAUUCGAUUGAGGGCUCCGAAAAUAUUUGUACCUGUAAGCAGUCAGAAAAUGGACGCGAUACUUUUGGAUCUUGGUGUAAUUUCUAUAACUAACAAAUUUUUGGUUAUGGAGUAUAAAAAUGAGGAGGGAUUUUCAGCAGUUGUUGACAACAUGAAAAUAACCCUAACAGAUUUAAAACUAUCAAAAAUUGAAUUAGAUCAUAAAGUGAACAUAGUGGAAGAAUGGUCCAUACUUCAACCAAUUAACUUUGAGGUGCAUUGUAAAAGAAACCUUUCGGCUAGCUGGUAUAAGGCAAUACCAGAUUUGAAUAUAAGUGGAAGAAUUCAGCUCAUCGACUUACAUAUUUCACAGGCGGAUUAUCAUAUGAUUAUGUCGAUUUUGAGUGAAAAUUUACAAGAAGGAAAGACUGAAUUGGACAAGGAUGUGAAAAUUCGUAGAGCGCUAUCAGCGCUAUCAGUAGCUUCGCAUUUUGGAGCAGCAGAAGCAAUGGCAAUAGUGGAUUCUACAACGACAGUGGUUCCAGAGACAAAAGAUAAAGUUACAAUAUUUUUAAAAUUUACAUUUACCAUGGAGCAACUGAUUGUAAAUAUGUACAGUGGUGGGUUUAAAAAGAAUAAAAAAUCCACCCCGACUAAAAAAGCCGAUAAUCAUUUGGGACGAUUUUCACUUGAAGGUCUAUCAGUCAAAGGCCGAAUUUUAUCGGAUAAUUCAAUUGUAGCUGCUGUGUUACUAGUGAAUUGUUUGUUAGAUGAUAUGAGGAAGGGACGAGAAGAUAAGCUCAAUAGAUUAAUUGAAAGAACCCUUAACGACGAUGCAGUUCAGUCGUCAGACUCCACCGUGCCACCUCGAAGCAUGAUUGAUGUUUCUUACCACCAAACUGGAACCGACAUGUUUAUCGAUGUUCGCAUUUUCAGCUUCACUCUGAUUUUAUCUGUAGAAUAUAUGAUGAAGAUUGCUGAAUUUUUCACUAAUCCUCUUGAAAAACAAAGUACACAGUUAGAGCCAGUAAAAAUUCCCAUUAAAAGCACCACAACUAUUAGUUCUAGAUCUGCCACUCGAUUUAGUAAAACUACUCAAGUGACUCCAGAUCAAGCUCAACCAAGUCAAAUUACCCUCAAUCUAAAAGUGGAAAGACCAGAUAUUAUUUUAGUGGAAAACAUGGACAGUAUCGAUACAAAGGCCAUGGCUUUAAAUAGCGAAAUAAUGAUUAAAUUGAGAAUGCAGGGGCAACAUCAAGUUAUUAAUGGGUUAAUUACGGAUUUGCAAGUGUACACUUGCAAUUAUAAUCCUGCUACUAGAGCUGAAACAAAGGGUAACGUCUUAGAUCCAGUAACUAUAAGCUUAGCAGGUAGUACUCCAGAAGGCAAAGGUUUACAUGUUGAGUUAGUUAUAGAAGAAGUACGUUUAAGAGUAUCCCCUGCAACCAUUGAACUUCUAAGUGCGGUGUUGGUUACAAUGUCGAAAACACCAGAAUCAGAGGAAGUUGAAGAAGAAGAACAAUUCACUUAUGAAUCUCUAUGGGAUUACAAAGAGGUCCGCGACCAAGAUUUCUGGUUUUUGAGGAACGAGGAAGCAGAAGAGGCCUAUGAAGAAGAUAUAUUUGAAGUUUCAACAACAACAGCGAACAAAAUGAGUUUGCAAGAGUUGUGCAUAGUAUCAAUGCCUUCCAUUGUGAUUACGUUAGAAGCAGGCGUGGCCAAUAAAACUGUACCGUUUUUGCUUUUCGAGACUUCUUUAAAGGCCAGUGUGAAGAAUUGGAGCUCACAAUUGGGAGUUGAUGCAACUGUAACAGUCCUUAUGGGCUACUACAACAGCAGGCUUGCUUUGUGGGAACCGCUCAUAGAACCUGUUGAGAGGAAAGUGAAUGAUAAAUUGGUUUUCCAACCCUGGGAAUUGAGGUGUGAGUUGUCUAUGAACGAACCAGAUGAUCCGUUGAACUUUGCCAGUCCUAUUUCGGAAAGGGGCGAUGAGGUGGAAGUUCCGGGUUCUCAGCCACCAGUAAUGAGCAUAGAUGUCACCUCGGACCAAUCCUUGGAGCUAACAGUGACCAAAUCCUGCAUAGAUGUACUAACGAAUCUAGGAAAAGCCUUCGCUUCGGCUAUGAAGCCCGAAAAAGUGAUUUCCAGCGCGGUUUUGGCCCCCUAUAGAGUCCUAAAUGAAAUCGGAGAAGAUGUAACACUCCUACUGGACGAAAGUUCCUUUAAAAUCGCUGAAGGUGGUUUGUUGGAGGAUAUUAAUAGAUCGGCUGCAGUUCCUUUUGUACUUAAAACUGCUAGGCCUACAGCUAUUCAAUUGGGCCAGGAAUUGAAUAGGAAUGAACAAGAAACUAAUUACUUUUUGCAAGUUAAAGUUAAUAAAACAAAUUGCGAAUUGAGUCUUCCUGUAAUCAGGGCCGAUAAACGGUUCUUUAUGCUUAAUUCUCCAAGAGAUAACAAUAAUUGGGGCUUGAUAUCUGAUGUUAAAGUUGAUGAAGGGGUUACUUUGGUGACCAUAAGAAGUAUUUUACAAAUUUAUAAUCACUUUUCCGUUCCUGUGGACGUUUACUAUAUGACGCCUCGAGGCAAUGAAUUAGAACUUGUAGGUUCUGUAGAGCCUAAUGGUACACUUAAUUUGCCUCUCAAAGCUGUUUAUACGCCUACCAGUGAGCUUUUCUUUGGUGUUUCUGGUUAUUCCGUUACCACUAGCCCCUAUAUUUGGAAGGAGUUGCAAACUGACAUGAACAUAGCGAAAGUAUUGCAUUGCCCUGUUCUAAGUGAUAACGAUUCUGGAAAAGGUCCGUUCAUUAUAAAGACUGUUGGUGAAAUGGAACAGGUUUAUUAUGAGAAUACUACCAGAUACACCAUGGCUAGUACGUGCUACAAUAUUCACCUACGUCCAGCUGCCAUAUUCAAAAACUUCCUACCUCUGCCCAUAAUUGUUUGUGUAGACGAAUUGGCUGAAGAAAUUGAGGUUAAGGCUGGAGAUACUUUACAAUUGCCCAACGUGGAUCCUGGAAAAAGUGUUAUUGUCAUUAGGCUUCCAGAGUAUCUAGAAAAAGAGUGGUCCUGCAGAAAAGAAACAGAUAUCAACCCAGAAGAAUUCGAAGUAUGGACUUUCAACAGUUACGACAGCCCUGCCAAAAUGUCUUUAGAUUUAGGUGUACACACAAUUAAUAAAGACGGGUCGUUUAUUUAUUCUUUAUACUGUCCAUUCUGGAUGUUGAAUAAAACUGGAUUGAUGAUUGGUUAUAGGAAAUCGAAGAAAACUGAAAAAAAUGAAGCCAUUGGUAGUCCCGCUAAGAGUUCCGAUGAAAAUCUCAAUGUUCUGCAUCAUCCGGCUGAUUUUAAAGGACCGAUAUUGUUCUCUUUUAAUCCCAGAAACUUUUUUGGUAAAAAAAAGGCUUCAAUCAGAGUGGAUUCGGGAAAUUGGUCAGAUAAGUUUUCUCUGGACGUAGCUGGAUCAUCUGGGGUGGUUUAUUGUAAAGCCAAUGAUAGAUCUUAUCCUAUUGGAGUUCACAAUCAAUUGACUUAUAACAAUCUAACAAAGCAAGUAACUUUCACUCCCUAUUAUGUGAUAAUCAAUGAGGCCCCUUUUGCAAUUGAAUGCCAGGAAAGCGACAGGCCUGCCGAUCCUUGGACUAUUAUCGAACCAAAGUCGUGCUCGGCUUUAUGGCCAAGGAGUGAAAUGGAAGAUAAAUUAUUAAAAGUCAGAAUUGCCGGUACAGAUGAAAUAACUUCUCCUUUCUUGUAUACAGAGAGCCAUACUACUUUGUUAAAACUUGACAAUAAGUAUGGCGGUAUAAACGUUGAUAUACAACUAAAUGAAGGAUCCACUUACAUCAAUUUUGCCCCGUACGCAAUUGGUUGUGCCCCAGCAUUAAUCAUCAAUCAUACGAUUCACGAUUUCAAUUUCUGGGAGAAGGAAUCGGUACAAAUAAGAACACUAAAACCAAAAACUCAAAUGUUGUAUACCUGGGAAAAUCCUUCUGGCCCCCGAAAACUAGUCUGGGAGAAGGGCCAUAAAAUGGAAAUCGAAAACGAUCUCAGAAAAGACGGUUGCGGUAGUUUCCACCCGACGGAACAAUCCGAAGUUUAUUGGUCAUCAUUUUUGAACGGUAUGCAACGUGUACUGUUAUUCACCGACGUAAGAUCCUUAGCCACGAGUGCGUCGAAUGUUUUGGAAAUUAUACAGCAAGAAAUCACGGUGUCCUUGCAAGGUUUCGGACUAUCUUUGGUCAAUAAUCUAACUAGACAAGAAAUUAUGUACAUCGGAAUCGCCAGCAGUGGGAUCAUUUGGGAAACUUGCAAGCUGAAUCGAAAACGAUUCAAGCCUUUAGCUGUCAAAGAAUCGACGCAUAUAGAGCAAGCUUAUCAGCAUUAUAUGGUGCAAUUACAAGGUUCAGAUGAGUCUAUUGGAUCGGUGCUUAUCGAUAAUAAAUGGGAAGUCGACUUUGACUUGCAACUAAUGUCUAAACCAAGAAAAAGGAAAAUAAGGAGAACAUUCCAAACAGGCGUAUGGCUGAAUCUAAAAACCAGCCCUAGUCAACUGCAGUUACACGCUAAAAUCAACCGGGUACAAAUUGACAAUCAAAUGUUUGACUGUAUCUUCCCUGUAGUCUUAGCUCCAAUUCCACCACCAAAGAGUGUAGCCGCAGAUAGUGGCGUCAAACCAUUUAUCGAAGUCAGUAUAGUGCAACUUCUAAUCAAAAACAGUCUAAUCAGGCAAUUUAAAUAUUUCAAAGUUCUAGUACAAGAAUUCCAUAUCAAAGUAGAUCUUGGUUUUAUCAAUGCCAUCGUUGAUAUGAUGCAACAGGGUGAGAACACUGACGAAGAAGAUAGGCAACUUUUCGUAACGGACAUGCAAUUGGUCAACCAAGCCCUUUACUCGCACGCAACCAGCCAGGCGCUUCAAGAGCAAAAGAGUUUCUACGAUUUGUUACAUUUUUCACCGUUGAAAAUUCACAUUUCGUUUUCGUUGGCUGCUGGUUCUUCGGCAGGUCAAAGUGCCUCUACUCCCAACUUCCUCAACGUUUUGUUGCAGGGUGUCGGCGUCACAUUGACUGAUUUACAGGAUGUUGUUUUCAAACUGUCCUUUUUCGAACGCGACUACAUAUUCCUCACCCAAAAACAACUAAUCGGCGAAACAACCAGCCAUUACGUAGGACAAGCCGUCAAACAGUUAUACGUGUUGGUAUUAGGCCUCGACGUAAUCGGCAACCCAUAUGGUCUAGUUGUUGGUAUAUCGAAAGGAGUUGAAGAUUUGUUUUAUGAGCCAUUCCAGGGUGCUAUUCAGGGCCCCAGCGAGUUUGCUGAAGGAUUAGCUUUGGGUGUAAGAAGUCUAUUUGGUCACACUGUUGGAGGCGUUAUGGGUGCUGCUGGGAGAAUUACGGGUGCCAUGGGCAAAGGUAUUGCGGCUUUAACGUUUGACGAGGAUUUCCAAAGAAAGAGACGUGACCAGAUUAAUAAGAAACCGGCCACUGUUCAAGAGGGGAUUGCUAGGAGUGGCAAAGGACUUGUCAUGGGAGUAUUUGAUGGUGUCACUGGUGUAUUCACAAAACCGGUGAGUGGUGCCAAAGAGCAAGGAGUCGAAGGCUUUUUCAAAGGUUUAGGAAAAGGUUGUGUAGGUCUAGUAACAAGACCGGCAGCCGGCUUGGUAGAUUUUGCUAGUGGCUCUUUAGAUGCCGUCAAAAGAGUGACUGAAGUCGGUGAAGAUACCCUGAGAUUGCGUCCUCCUCGGUUCUUGCCUGCCGACGGCUUAGUAAGACCCUACAAUUCAAUGGAAGCCGAAGGCCAUAAAUUACUAAGGGAAGCUAAUAAGGGCAAAUACGCAACAACAGAUAUCUAUGUUUAUCAUAAGGUGGUCAUCGAGAAAAAGGAAAUUCUAUUGUUGACUGAUAAACGUAUGGCUUAUGUGGAGCAUAAUGAUUUGUUUGGUGGAUGGCAGAUUCAUUGGUCGUACACUUGGCAAGAAUUGCACCAUCCAGCCAAAGUUGUUCCUAAAGGUGUCCAACUCAAUACCUCAGACGGCAAGAAAAAGAAGCUAUUUGGAUCCAAUGAUACUACAAAGAUCAUACUUAUCGGAGACCCGGCUGCAAAAGAGGAACUUUGUUCGAAAAUUGAACAGCUACGCAGGGCCUAGCACAUGUAUAUUUGCACUGAAUAGGAAAUGACAAAAAUGUGCCUAAUAAUAUUUAUAUAGCGGUUUUGUUUUAUAAAAUUUUAUAAAAUUUCUUCUGCUUAUCUUAACAAAUUCAGGGAAAUGAAAUUUUAGGAACACUUGAUUUGCUAAAUGUGUGUAGCAAUGAUAGAACUCUAAUCAAUGACAUGUUGCACUUUCAUUUUAAAAUUAGAUCUGGACUGUUUACUUAUUGAGCAUUUUUCUAUGUUGUAAUUUUAUAUUUUCCUUUAUUGGGAAACUAUUAUAGGGUGAUAUAUUUUGUCUCUCCAGUGCAUCUUAUCACUUUUAAAGUAUUUAUUGAGACAUUUUUAAACUAUACAAAUUGGCUAUAGUAGGGUUUUACACAAUUUUUUUUUUUGCUUUUGUAUCACAUUUAUAUUCUAUUUCUCUUUUGUAUUAUCACAUAUUGUUGUUGUUUUUUUUUUGAUUUAUUAAUAAAGCUUUUUUGGUUGAAACACUAG